AUGUCGGACGGCAUGUCUGAGGCGGAUAAAAUCCGCAACAAGCGUCUGGCGAAGCUGGGGAAUCCAACUCCGCCCGCCCCAGCCGAGGGUGCAGAGUCCGGAAGCCCUUCACAGACAAACCCUCCUCCGGAACCCUCUCGAUCACAGUCUAAUCCCACCAGCAGACCAAGCUCUACGGCUCCUUCGCCACGACCAGAACCCCAACAAUCAGAAGGCAAGAGGAUUAAGAUCACCCCUGCGGCCUCUGCGAGUGUCGCCGCGGAACGAUCACGACCCGUUACACCUGUCUCCAAUACUCCUCCGCCACCCAGAGCGGAAGAGACCAUUGAGACAUUUGAAGAUCGCACGCUAUGCGCUGUGUUCAAGCUCUCCUUGAAGGAAGAUCGACAGCAUGACAUUCACGGCCAACGCCUAUACUACCUCCCCGGCCUGCGGAGCGAGCUGGAAGACCAGGGUCGGGAAUUACGUGUGGAAACGUCCGUACUAGACCAGGCUUUGCUUGAAGCCGCGUCAAAUGCUCCCCAGCAUAAGCCCCUCGACUAUCUCCUUCCUUGUUUCAAGAGGAUAUCCCGAAUGCAACAGAAAUUCCGUCGGACAGGCGACAACGACCCGAAAUUCAACGUCAUCUGUGAGGCUCGCCGCCUCUGCAUUAGCUAUUGUAUAUUUGCUAUUACGAUGCCGGAGAUGUUUGGGGCGGAACAAUCCGAAAGGUCACCCCUUAAACCCUAUCUUCUCCUUGAUCCAGAGGACGAGAGGGGGGUGGACUUUGAUUUCAUGAGUGAGGCUGUGAAGCGUUUCGAAGAGGACGACACCAUCAAGCCUGCAUUCAUAUCCGCCGUGGAGGAUAUGAGUCGGGAGUUGGCGGGGAUGACCGUUAAUGAUGAUCACAAACCCUACGUGAUUGUAUGUUGCCCCUGGUUUCGCCUGUCGCCGUUGCAGGCCCCAGUUACUAUGACCUACUUUUCUAGCCCGAAGACCCGCGACCAGGCCUAUAUAUUGAAUGCUCAGCGGUCAAUGCGGAUGAUGCAGCAGCUGAUCAGUCAAGAGCUUCUCGAUAUUAUAAACCACAUGAUCCGUGCAUCGAAAGAGGCCAGAGAAAGAAUCUUGGACUGGUUCGCCGCCGCCUUGAACGUCAAUCACAAGCGACGAGCGAUGCAAGUUGAUCCCACCACCGUGUCGUCAGAUGGGUUCAUGUUCAACCUCACCACGUGUCUGGACCAGCUCUGUGAGCCGUUCAUGGAUGCGAGUUUCACCAAGAUCGACCGGAUUGAUGCCAAUUAUCUGCACCGCAAUCCUCGGGUUGACAUGAAGGACGAAACCAAGAUCAACGCUGAUCAGCAUGCUUCUGACGCAUUUUAUGCAAAGAAAGCUGAAGGCACGACCAAUUUCAUCACUGACAUUUUCUUUCUUACGGUGGCUGCCCACCACUACGGCAGUGAGUCCUUGACGUCCAAGGUUGAGCAACUUGAGAGGGAUUUGCGUCAUAUGGAGAGCACCAUCACCAGGUUCGAAGCAGAUCGGCAACGCUGGAUGAACAACCCGAUGCAACAGAGAAUGUUCGAGCAAGCUUUGAAGAAGUACAAAGACAAGGUGGAUCUGGGCCUUGCCUUGAAAUACAGUCUCCAGGGUGUACUAUUCGACGAGCACUGGCAAGCGCGCUCUAUGCUGUUCAUGCGUUAUGUCAUCGUCUUUCUGCUAAGGCUGGUUUCUGGCAAGAACUUCCCCAAGGAGGACAUUCAAUUGCCUCUCCCUGAACAGCAGCCGGAGGUGUUCAAUUGUCUUCCGGAAUAUUUCGUCGACGAUAUCGUGAGCAACUUCAAGUUCAUCACGUGGUCUAUGCCUCAGAUUAUCACCGCGACGCAGGGUGACGAGCUAGUCAUGCUUUGCAUAUCUUUCUUGGAAAGCACGGCUUAUAUUAAGAACCCCUAUCUUAAAGCAGGGCUGGUUUCAAUUCUAUUCCGAGGGACAUGGCCCCGCCCUGGUGGCGGCCGUGGCGUCCUGGUGGACCUCCUCAACUCGAUGCCCUUCGCGAACGACUACCUGCUGCAUGCACUGAUGAAAUUUUACAUUGAAGCCGAGCAUACCGGAGCUCAUACCCAGUUCUACGAUAAGUUCAAUAUCCGGUUUGAGAUUUUCCAAAUCAUCAAGUGCAUCUGGCCCAACACCCUCUACCGCAACAAACUCUACAACCAAUCCAAAAAGAACCUCGACUUCUUCGUCCGGUUCGUGAACCUGUUGCUGAACGAUGUGACCUACGUCCUUGAUGAGUCGUUUGGAGCCUUCAUUACCAUUCACAAAACCCAGACUGAGCUUCGCGAGGAGGGCGCCUCGAUGGAUGCCACCGUGCGUCAGCAGAAGGAGGAGCAUCUCGCAUCGGCACAGCGCAAUGCAAAAUCGUACAUGCAGUUGACGAAUGAGACCGUUGCCAUGCUGAAACUAUUCACCGACGCACUCGCCGACUCGUUCACAAUGCCUGAAAUUGUGCAGCGUCUGGCAGACAUGCUGGACUACAACCUGGAUGCUAUGGUUGGACCGAAGAGCUCUACGUUGCGUGUGGACAACCUGCAGGAGUACGGGUUCAAUCCGCGCGCGUUGCUCAGCGAAAUUGUUGAUGUGUACCUGAACUUGAUGAGCAAAGAGAACUUUAUCGUUGCGAUUGCUCGCGAUGGACGGUCUUACAAGCCCGCCAACUUUGAGAAGGCGGCGGAGAUCCUGCGCAAAUGGUCUCUCAAGUCGCCUGAGGAGCUUCGACGAUGGGAAGUACUCCAGCGUAAGGUAAAGGAAGCGAAGGCAGCCGACGAACAGGCCGAGGAAGACCUUGGCGAGAUUCCAGACGAAUUCUUGGACCCUCUGAUCUACACGCUGAUGGAAGACCCUGUGGUUCUUCCUGGGUCGAGGGUGUCUAUCGACCGGUCCACCAUCCGAUCCCACUUAUUGAGUGAUCCUCACGACCCUUUCAACCGAGCACCACUUAAGAUGGAGGACGUCACACCAGAUACGGAGCUAAAGGCGAAGAUCGAGGCCUUUAAGGCUGAGAGAUUGCUACUGUAUUUGGAGUCACCUAUUCAUCCAUGGGAAUAUUCUGGAUUGAUGAUUUCGCCGGAGGAGCGCAUCUACGAGCACGACGCGGGGAUAAUUCCUCUUCUCGCGUCCCAUCUCCCACACUCAUGCAGCGUGCUCCGUCGCAUCCAGCACGGAAUCGCCUACCCGUCUCCGACGGCUAAGAUCCUCGCGCCCUUCCCCGUGGGAACGACACCCACGGAGCCAUGGAUCGUCGCACAUGUUGAUCUCUUCUGCGGCCGCGAGACCCAGAUCUUCGCAUACUGCAGCCUAGAAGCAGCGCACACAUCGACCACCGCCGUCAACGACAUCCAGGUGUCCACCUUCAACGCGGACCCAACCACCCUCGCACAGACUCGCGCGCAGCUCCUCGCGCUCAUCUCAUACAUCAAAGCCAAUCUCCUCCCGGCCUAUCUCGCCGCCCUGGCUGACCCCACCUCAGCCGUCUCCAAGGCCGCUGACUUCGGCGAGACAGGCCGAAACGGCAGCACCCCGGCGUUGAUCCCCUCGCCGGAUCCGCGCCAUUUCCUCUUCGGCUCCCUGCACAACGGGCUCUUUGCGUUGCUGCAGCGGUCCGGCUCGUACUUUGGCGGCGACCCGCUGGACGGGCUCCGCGUGCACCGCGUCGACAUUCCCCCCUACUGCAAGUAUAUCUUUCCGCGGGCUGCGUUUGAACCCAGAGACUGUGGCGCCGGUCUGCCCGCGGGGUAUAGAUUCCACGACCGCCAGGGAAGAGUGGGCGUUCUCCCCGCGCAUUUCGCGCUGGUCCAGAGCCGGACGCAUAUCCCGCGCUCCAAGGAGCAGCUGGCGACUAUGUUCGGCGUCGCGGUGUACUACGAUGGUUCGGAGGAUGGGGGCUGUAAAGAGGGACACGGUGAGUGUGAGAACCCAGUGGCCUGGGCCUUUCUGGGCAAGGACGGUGCGUUAGCGACGCUGCAUGUUGAGCCGGAGCAUCGGGGUCGCGGACUCGCGCUGCAGCUGUCUAAAGAGGUGAUGCGGCGGGGAAUGGCGCCCGAGGGUAUUUUUGGGGCCGGUGGUGCGUCUGGGGGAGAUAGCCGGAUUCGAGAUUGGGCGCAUACAGAGGUUGCGCAGAUGAAUCAGGCGAGUCGGAGGGUGAUGGAGAAGAUUGGGGGGGAGGUUAUUACUAUGGUUAGUUGGACGGUUAUUGAGAUGUGUGAUUAG